AGCACGAUCAGAAAUGGCCAAGUUCAUCCAGAUGGCGAUAAUGCUAGGCAGCUCAAAGCUGAGUCACGGCGCCUUUGGAUUCGAUGAGAGCUCCCAGGGCUCGGCGGAGCCGGUGCCGCUGAUGAAACGAGAGCUGCCCACCCGCAAGAUGUGCCUGGAGGCCUUUAAGCGUACCCAGUACGACAUCUUGAUCAUUGGCGGCGGUGCCGUUGGUUCUGGCUGUGCCUUGGAUGCUGCCACGCGGGGCCUGAAGACGGCCCUGGUCGAAGCCGAAGACUUUGGCAGUGGCACAUCCUCAAAGUCGAGCAAGCUGCUGCAUGGUGGUUUGAGGGACUUGGAGCAGGCCAUAUCGCAUCUGGAUGUUUCCGCUUUUAGACGAGUUCGUUGCUCUCUUAGGGAGCGCAGCAACAUCGGUUACCUGGCCCCGCACCUCAGCCAGAUGAUGCCCAUUUUGCUCCCUGUCCGCAACUGGUGGGAGGCGCCCCUGUACUACAUGAAGCUGAAGAUGUAUCACCUAAUGGCGCCCAAGGGCACCAAGAGCUUCCAGUAUCUCAGUGCCGACGAGGCUCUCGAAGUGUUUCCCCUGAUGAGGCGACAAGAGCUAUUUGGUGCCUUUGUUAUUUAUGAGGCCCAGCACGAUGAUGCCAGGAUGUGUCUCUCGCUGGCCCUGACAGCCGCUAGGUAUGGUGCUGAUAUCUGCAACCACAUGAAGGUGGUGCGGUUGCUCAAGAACAGGGAGGGUAACGUAGCGGGCGCAGAGGCGGUGGAUCAACUGUCGGGUAAGAAGUACCAAAUCCGAGCCAAGGUUGUGGUCAAUGCCACGGGACAUAUGAGCGAUGUUGUGCGCCGAUUGGAGGAUACAGAGGCAAAACCUCUGUGCACGAGCCGCUGGAACUCGAUCAUUGUGCUGCCGCGUUUCUAUUGCCCGGAGCAAGUGGGUGUCUUCGAUUCGCACACUCCCGAUGGCCGAUCAAUAUUCCUUCUGCCCUGGCAGGGUCACACGCUGGUCGGCACCAGCGAUUUGCCUGGCUCCUCGUCCGAGGAAUUGCCUUCCCAACCCACCGAGUUGGAUGUGCAGUACCUGUUGGAGGGCAUCAAGCGCUUCGUGACCCCUGAUUUCGAUGUCCGGAGGUGCGAUAUACUUGCCGCUUGGGGUGGCUAUAAGCCUGUGCCCGUUCAGUCCGACAUCCUCCAGCGCAAGAACUACGUGAUCCACCUGGGACCCCGGCACAUGCUGUCGGUGGUGGGCGGCACCUGGUCCUCCUUCCGGGCAAUUUCCGAGAUCACUGUUAAUGCGGCCAUUACCCAGGGAGAUCUCUCACCGUUGAGCGAUACUUCGGUGACGGCAAUGUCCUGCCAGCUGGACGGAGCCAGCGGCUGGAGCCCGGAUAUGUUCAUCCGUCUGGUGCAGGACUUUGGCAUGGAGCGCGACGUGGCCGAGCAUCUGUCAAAUACAUACGGCUCGAAUGCCUUCAAGCUGGCCGCUUCCGCGGACAAUAGCGGUUUGGGAUGGCCCAUUGUGGGCAAGCGGCUGCACUCGGAGUUCCCCUACAUCGAGGCGGAGGUGAGGCAGGGCGUUCGGGACUUUGCCUGCACGCUGCAGGACAUGGUGGCACGCCGGCUGCGAGUGGCCUUUCUCAAUGUCCAGGUGGCUGAGCAGAUAUUGCCGCAGGUGGCCAACAUCAUGGCCCAGGAGCUGAACUGGACGAACGAGCAAAAAAACCGGCAGAUCCUUGAGGCGCGCUCCUUCCUGAACUCACAGAUGGGCAGCUUUCCCAAGGAGAAUUCCCUGCAUCAAAAUAUACCUAUUAAGAUGUCUGUGCGCCUUGUGAAAAAGUUUGCCACGCAAUUCAAUAGCCUGGAUGACAACAAAACCGGCUACGUGUCCAUCUCCGACUGUUGCAGGGCCAUCAAAAAUCUGGGCAUAAAGGAGGUGCCUGUGGACCUGAUGCACAAUGUCCUCAGCGAUAUUGAUUGCCAUGCCCAGGGUAAGGUGAAUCUGUACGAGUUCCUGCUGCUCAUGUCGGCCAUUGUGCAGGGCGAGUCCACGUACUUGAACUACGCCCAGACGUGCGUGGAGCUCAAGCAGGCUUCGGAGAGCGGCAGCAGAGGUAGCCUGCCCAUAGAACGUUGCGGUGGCGGCCUGUAAAGUGUCUCAAUUUUUAUUUUUAAUACAUAAUCCGUUUACCUCGUC